ACGAAAAAAGCUUUAUUAUCAUCGGCCUCUCAGGGUACAGCAGGGAAACUUACAGAUUAUUUUUUCUCUCACUGCGCUCCCCCCCCCCCCCUGCUGGACUGUCAGGGUUUGAACUCUCCGCCUGAGCCGCCAACAUGCCAGCAGCACUUCAAGACACCAGUCAGAUCAUCUGCGAAGUCUGGGCGAGCAACGUGGAGGAGGAGAUGAAGAAGAUCCGGCAGAUCAUUCAGAGCUACAACUUUGUUGCUAUGGACACAGAGUUCCCCGGCGUGGUGGUGCGGCCGAUCGGCGAGUUUCGCAGCACGGUGGACUACCAGUACCAGCUGCUGCGGUGCAACGUGGACCUGCUGAAGAUCAUCCAGCUGGGCCUCACCUUCAUGAACGAGGACGGAGAUUAUCCUCCGGGCACGACGACGUGGCAGUUCAACUUCAAGUUCAACCUCACAGAAGACAUGUACUCGCAGGACUCCAUAGACCUGCUGCAGAACUCCGGCCUGCAGUUUAAGAAACACGAAGAGGAAGGAAUCGACACGCUUUACUUCGCCGAGCUCCUCAUGACCUCCGGCCUGGUGCUGUGUGAAAACGUCAAGUGGCUCUCCUUCCACAGUGGCUACGACUUCGGCUACCUGGUGAAGCUCCUGACGGACGCUCGACUUCCUGAAGAGGAGCACGACUUCUUCCAGAUCCUCAACCUGUUUUUUCCUGCCAUCUACGACGUCAAGUACCUGAUGAAGAGCUGUAAAAGCUUAAAGGGGGGGCUGCAGGAAGUUGCAGACCAGCUGGAGCUGAAGCGGAUCGGGCGCCAGCAUCAGGCCGGGUCGGACUCGCUGCUCACAGGGAUGGCUUUCUUCAGGAUGAAAGAGUUGUUUUUUGAAGACAACAUCGACGAUGCGAAAUACUGCGGCAGACUCUACGGCCUGGGCUCGGGCUCCAGCCAACCCCAGAACGGCAUCUCCAGUUCUGGACCAGAGGAGACCAACAACAAGCACUGACCGAGCGUUCCACUCCCCGCACACGGACUCGUUUUUAAACCCUCAACAGGUUUUUGCUCUCGGGUUCCUGAAUCCAUCUGAGCCUGUCAGCACUGAUGGACUUGAGAGAGCGGAGCCCUCAGUGGCUCGACCCGUUUCUUUUUUAACCCCAUUUUAAGACCAGACAGUCGGACCAGCUUUGUUUUUGUUGUUUUUUAAGGAUCUUUGCUUUUCCAGCAUCAGUUCCAGGAUGGAGGCAGCUCCUGCGUCAAACUGUGAUUUUAGACUCUUCAGUUCAGACUCUCCUCGUCGUCGUUUAUUUUUUAAUUUUUGC